CGCCUGCGCAGACAGGCGUGGGAAAGAAUAUUUGGUCCAGAGGAGUCGCCGUAGUCGGCCGGAACGCGAGCCGAGGGGGAUUAUGGGAGAAGAUGGCGGCCGCCGCUCGCCCGCGGAUUGUCCUGGGUUUCCCAAUGUCACGUUCUGCCAUUAGUGCAAUAGCCACAUCUCCAUUUCAGGGCCUGCCCCACUGCCAGCUUCAUCAUGCAGUCCUGCCUCAUGGGAAAGGUGGGCGUUCCUCCAUCAGUGGGGUAGUGGCCACUGUGUUCGGAGCAACAGGAUUCCUGGGCCGCUAUGUUGUCAACCGCCUUGGACGGAUGGGAUCUCAGGUGAUCAUACCCUAUCGGUGUGAUACUUACGACAUCAUGCGUCUUCGGCCCAUGGGUGACCUGGGCCAGCUUACCUUUCUGGAAUGGGAUGCGAGAGACAGAGAUUCUGUCCGAAGAGCAGUGCAGCACAGCAAUGUGGUCAUCAACCUCGUGGGACGAGACUGGGAAACCACAAACUUUGAUUUUGAGGAUGUUUUUGUAAAGAUUCCCCAAGCAAUAGCUCAAGUGUCCAAGGAAGCUGGAGUUGAAAAACUCAUUCAUGUUUCUCAUCUGAAUGCUGACAUUAAAAGCUCUUCCAAAUACCUGAGAAAUAAGGCUGUUGGAGAGAAAGAAGUGAGAGACGCAUUUCCGGAAGCCACGAUCAUAAAGCCAUCGGACAUCUUUGGAAGAGAGGAUCGAUUCCUCAAUCGUUUUGCAAAUAUGCGUUAUUUUGUUGGUCUGCCUCUUAUUUCCUUGGGCUUGAAGACAGUGAAGCAACCAGUGUAUGUUGUUGAUGUAGCUGCAGGAAUUGUCAAUGCAAUUAAAGAUCCAGAUGCCAAAGGGAAAACCUUCGCCUUCGCUGGGCCUAGCCGGUACCUCCUCUUUGACCUUAUGCAGUACAUCUAUGCCGUGGCCUACAAACCCUUUCUCCCAUUCCUCAUACCCCAGUUUGCCUAUCGGGUGAGUCCUCAUUUCCACCCAUCAGCUGGGUUGUCUUCAAAGGGAGCAGGAACUCAGAGGAUGUGGUGGCCUCACAGCUUGGUGGCGAGGCUCUUUGAGAUGAGCCCAUUCGAGCCCUGGACCACGCGGGAUAAAGUGGAGCAGAUGCACAACUCAGACAAGAUGCUGCCACACCUGCCUGGCCUCGAGGACCUCGGGGUCCAGGUGACGCCGCUGGAGUUCAAGGCCAUUGAGGUGCUGCGGCACCAUCGCAGUUACCGCUGGCUGUCGGCUGAACUUGAGACUGUGAAGCCCGCCAAGACUGUCGACUUCUAGGCCCUGCUUGGCUCUGGGUUCCAGUGUUGCUCGAGUUGCCUGGCUGGCGAGAGUCUGCGAUUGCUAGAGGACCCUGUACUCAGUGCUGAGAUCCGCUAAAACAUCUGAGGCUAAAUUCCACAGCACUCUCCUGGGUUUGUAAGUGAAAAUCCCAGCCAUUUAGAGCUUGAGCAUAGUUUUCUUUAAAUACAUACAUGUAUGUAUUUAGUAAUGACGCGCAUGUCAUUUAUUCUCUGAAACGCCAAAGAGUUGAAUUUCUGUGUACUGAAUCAGAAUCAUGCAUCUAGCGCGUGUUCUAGAAAACCAGCCCCCUUCCAAGUCAAAAUAGGUGAUGAUCCCAGGUGACACGGGGUUGUCUUCAACUUGAAUGGGGAUGUGUACAGCAUCCUGUAACUAAUUUGAGUUCAUUCACGCUUCAGGUGUUUUUAAAUUUAAAGAUACACUUUAAACAGUGGUACAUGUGAAGUAUGGUCAGAAUAUACGGUGAAUAUUUAAUGUUUAAAUGCCUGGCAAUAAAAGACAACAUUUCAGUUAAUCCUCCUCA